AUGACACCCUCGGUCCGAGUUAUCCCAAACGCCGCUACCAGGGCAGUGAGCCUUCUCAGGACUAUUCAGUAUACUCAUCCCCCCUCCUGUCCCUGUCACUCCAAUCCGAAUCACCACCAUCACCAUAUCCCCCCUGCCCCGACUUUCACCCCUCGGCCUCUCCGUACCUCCGGUGCCUCCUCCGCUCGCCGUUAUGCUACCCCGGCGGAGCCUCUGAAGGAGUACGCCUUCGAAAUGGCCGCCUCUUCUAUUCGCUUCGGGCCCGGUUCAACCCAGGAAGUCGGGCUAGACCUGAAGAACAUGGGUGCAAACCGCGUCGCCGUCGUCACCGACCCUACUGUCGACCGCCUGGUUGCCAUGGAUCAGGUCCGCCAGUCCCUCGACCGCGAGGGAAUCUCCUACCGUGUCUACAACUCUACGCGUGUUGAGCCCAAGGACUCGUCCGUUCGCCAUGCCAUCGACUGGGCUCGCCCUUAUGCCCCUGACGUCUUCCUCGCUGUCGGCGGCGGCUCCGUCAUAGACACCGCCAAGCUUAUGAACCUGUACUCCUGCUAUCCGGAUGCCGACUUCCUCGACUUCGUCAAUGCCCCCAUUGGCCGCGGCCUCCCCGUCGACAAGCCUCUCAAGCCCCUGAUUGCCGUCCCUACCACUGCCGGCACCGGCUCCGAGACCACUGGAACUGCCAUCUUCGAUCUCGUCGAACGCCGCGCCAAGACUGGCGUCGCCCACCGCAACCUUAAGCCCACGCUGGGCAUCUGUGAUCCCCUCAACACCGCCACCAUGCCCGCCGCCGUCAAGGCCGCCUCUGGCCUCGACGUUCUCUGCCACGCCCUCGAGUCGUGGACCGCUAUUCCCUACAACCAGCGCGUCCCUCGACCCAAUAACCCCAUCAACCGCCCCGCUUACCAGGGCGCGAACCCCAUCAGCGACGUCUUCUCCUUCCAUGCCCUCCGCAGCACCAUCAAGUACCUUCCCCGCGCCAUCCGCAACCCCGACGACCACGAGGCCCAGUCCGAGAUGCUCCUGGCCGCCACCCUCGCUGGCGUGGGUUUCGGCAACGCCGGCGUCCACCUCUGCCACGGCAUGUCCUACCCCAUCUCCGGCCAGAACCCGACCCAAUAUCGCCAUCCAGGCUACGACGUUCCCCACCCCCUCAUCCCCCACGGCGUCAGCGUUGCCGUCACCGCACCCGCCGUCUUCCGCUUCACCGCCGCCUCGAACCCCGAGCGCCAUCUCGCCGCUGCCGAGGUCUUCGGCGUCGACGUCAGCCGUGUCCGCAAGGAAGACGUUGGCGCCGUCCUCGCCGAUGCCAUCGCCAAGUUCCUCGCCGACCUUGGCGACCAGCCCAACGGCAUCAAGGCGCUUGGCUUCACCAGUGCCGACGUUGAUGCUCUUGUCGAGGGCACGCUUCCCCAGCGUCGAGUCCUGAUGCUGGCCCCCGCCCUAGAGGACGAUGUGCAACGGGAAAGGGAGCAGCUGAGGGCUCUUUUUGAGAAUGCCAUGACACAUCAUUAA